UCUUCUAGUCUAGUUCUAAAUAGAAAUUCCCUGCGCACAUUUCACAUUCACAUAACAAAUAAACACGGAAAAAGAAUCGCCAUUUUCUGGUUGUCAUAGGUUGUACGCAGUUAAAUUUUUUGUGAUAAAACUUAGUGUUCCUUUGUUAUCAAUUAACAUAUAUAAAAAUAGUAAUGGCUAGUCGGAAGAAGACUUUGUUGAAGGUCAUCAUCCUGGGUGAUUCCAGUGUGGGAAAGACUUCCUUGAUGAACCAGUACGUAAAUAGGAAAUUCUCCAACCAAUACAAAGCGACCAUAGGUGCUGAUUUCCUUACAAAAGAACUCACAGUGGACGAUCGAACUGUUACAAUGCAAAUAUGGGAUACUGCAGGUCAGGAAAGGUUUCAGUCCUUAGGUGUAGCCUUUUACAGAGGGGCAGACUGCUGUGUGUUAGUAUUUGAUGUAACUUCCCCCACCUCAUUCAAAUCCCUGGACAGUUGGCGAGACGAAUUCCUCAUCCAAGCAUCGCCCCGAGAGCCAGAAAACUUCCCAUUCGUCCUCCUAGGAAACAAAGUCGACCUCGAGCCGAGGGCGAUCUCGCCCAAGAGGGCGCAACAAUGGUGCCAAUCAAAGAACAACAUCCCCUAUUUCGAGACAUCGGCCAAAGAUGGCUUGAACGUGGAACAGGCCUUUUUGGCCAUCGCUAAAAACGCUCUUGCCCAACAGAACACAACGGUCGAUCUCUAUAACGAAUUCCCUGAUGAGAUCAAGCUCACGAAGGCACAGAAAACCAACACCAACGGUGAUAGUUGCGCUUGCUAGAUUAAUUUAAUUUCUACAUAUUCUUCGGUAUUUAAGAUGGAACCGAGAGACCACGGCAUAAGUGUUUAGUAUUGGUUAAUGGACUAUCUCAUACCCCAAGAUUUUACUCACUGGUUACUAUCGGUUACAGUUCUUUCCAACCUUGAACUAUAACAGAGAUUAGCCUCUAUUGAACCACACCUUGUAUUUCGAUUAUAAUAAAAAAAGCUACUAAUUUUCCAUUUUGUGAUAAUUAAUUAUGGCAUUAACUAUCAAUGUACAUAUAAACGUGGUGGUAGAAAAUUGGGUGUAAAAAUUAUUUUACUUCAGUUUAUUGCCCGUUGUUAGAUUCUUUUUGAUAUGUGACUAACUAAUGGAUGUAUGGACUUGAAUCUUGGCUCGUUUAUUUAUUUUCAGUAUAUCUUCCGGGGUGUAUAUUUAAACGAUCGUUCUAUUGAACAAUACUUACAAUAGGGUUAAAACCAACAGUAACAUGGUCCAAAAGCUUUCAUGGCCCAAAAGUACUUCCUUAAUGGUGGAUGAGUAAAUAUAUGGAUUGCGUAUACAUUAUUAGGCUACAAAUGUAUCACUUUAAUUGAUAUUUUGCAAACAAUACAACGAAUUCGUGUACUUUACAAUGUACAGUCCAAUUCCUUAUUUGUCGUAAAUUUAAUAUCUAUUUUGAGAAAUUAAAAAAAAAGAAUAUAGACUUUGACAAUCAUCCUAGAAGUUAUUAUCAGUUAAAAACUGGUCAAUCCAGACCAAUGAAUAGAAACAAAGGUACAUGCUAGUGUGACUGGAUCGCAAAAAGGCAUUAGAUAGCUUAGGACUGACUUAUUUGUGUACAAUCUUCGUGUGUUGAUACAUGGAAAGUUAAUACAUGAAAAUAUUAAAAUCAACAAUGAAAAGAAUUUCCUGUAGUCAGCUUUAAACCAUAAUUCACAAAAAUUUAUUAAAAAUCAUGUAUCAAAGGUAUAUUUAUAUUAAAAAAGACAUCACAGAACGUUUUCGAAAUAAUUCCAUCACCAGUGCUGCUUACGAGGUAUACAUGGUUGAGCCACUAAAAAUAUCUGAGUGAAAACCCUUUAAAUGGUAUAAAGGUAUUAUAAAAUUAAAUUGUUGUAUUUAAUAUUAUGUGAUGUUUGAACUUUUACUUUAUUUUAUAUCACGGCAACGCAUAACUCACAACUAUGUGGGUCUAUAGCUCUGGGGAAACUUCACUGAAUGGAUAGAUAGCAACUGAUAGAAAAUAUUAUUCCCUUUUUGGUCCGGCACUACUGGUCGAACUAGUUUGUGGUCACUUCCUGUAUUGAGAUGAUAGGAUUGUGACUUUGAUUAUUACUAUGUGGUUUGUGAGUAUGCAAUCAGUUUCAUCCAAUGUCUUAAAUAUAUAAUUGAUCCACUGAAGCAGCUAAUGUCAUUAAGAUAGAAGAACCCAAAAAACAGAAAAUAUUUGUGAAAACCUUUACAAUAGAAACUAACAGAGAAAAACUGAAUAAACUGUUUGCACAGGAAUAGGUUACUGUUUGCUGGAUUUUUAUAUGUACAUAUGAAAUAAUAUGUGCCUUUUGAUUUUAACCUCGAUUGUAAAUUUAAACACAAUUUUACCAUUAUAGAAUGUAUAUAAUCACCUAAAAUGUCUUUAUAUUUUUAAUAUUAUAAACUCUAUAUUUUAUUUUAUUUAAUGUCCGACUGGUAUAUUAUUUGACAAAUAAUCAUUUCGAAGUCAGUUAAGUAUGAUAUUAUAAUAUUUUGAAAAAUAACGCCCUAGGGCAUUAAAUUUAAAUAACUAGUUAAAUACUGUUAAGUUGACAAAUAACAACCUAAGUAAAACUAUGGUUACCACAAUUAUUACGUUACGACUAUUGCUGGUAAAUGUACUUAUUUGAAAACUAAUUAAUUCAAAAUUCAUUCAAAUUUUUUGCAUAUAAAGAAUAAUUUAGUCGGACAUUAAACGUUGAAGGCACCACGGAUAUUAUAGAUAAUAACGCUUUCGGUCAACGUAUAUCCCUCGGUCCAAAGGCCCUCGGUAUAUGCACCAUUGACCUCAAGCGUUAUUAUCCUUAUAAUACCCUUGGUACCUUAAUAACUAUAAGUACAAGAAGAUUCCACUAUAAUAUUGUUACAAAUUAAGAAAGUAACAUAUUAGAUAUAUUCAAUCCUUUAUAUCUCUGAAAAUAUUAAAAAAGCAUACAUCUGAUUUACAAAAGAAAUAAGUUGUAAAAAUGCAUAAGCUCUCAGCUGUAAAUGUUUUUUUGUGUCCUUUAGUAUUAUUCCAGUGUUUUUAAUAUAUCUCAUAAUAUUGGAAUAUUUUUUAAAGUUUAAUUAAGUAAAGGAAUAAAGUAAAAAGAGUCAAAAGCAUCAAUUAAAAAAAAAACUCGUGUGAUGACAGCUUUAGGCCUAAAUAUUGGGUGGUAAACCUUUUUAUCCAGUCAUUUUAUUAAUGCCCGUAAUUGCCCCAAAACUGUUGUGAUCAUAUCGUCUAAAUAUACACCCCCUUUUACACUGAAAACAAUGUUUUGUUCUGAGCUUCAGAUGUGAUAAGUUUUAAUAUGUAGUGUAAAAUAUUUAAAAAAAAAGUCUCACGAGGAUAUUGUUUUCUUUGCUUAUAUUAGAUCUAUUCACCGCAAUAUUUUUAAAUGUAUAUAAAAUAAAAAAUGAUGUUAUUUAUAUUGUAGAUGCCUUAAAGUUAUUUCUAGAAUUUUAGUAAUAUUUGUACUAAAUAUUAAAGGCGAGGGUUUUGUAAAAUCAUCUUUCGUUUUAUAUGUAGCAACGUAAUUUUAUAUAAUGUCUAAUAGAUCUUCUAUAAGAACGUGGAAACAAAAAAAAGUAUAUAUGAUAGGAGCUACCUACAUAUAUGUAGUCAGCUGUAAACAUCUAUAUUUGGACAUACGUUCCCCCAUUUAGCUGUAUUUUGGAGAGAUUGGACAUCAUAAAAAAAUAUAUUAUCAAUAUAAUCGUACAUGAAUGGAUUAAAAUUUUAACUUCAAUUAAUUAUUUAUUGUCCCUUCUCCUUAUACAGUGAUGAGCGCGCUAAUAACCGGAAAAUUGACGCAAAAGAUCGAAAACAUAUUAAGUUGUGAGAUAAAAAAAUAUGAAACUAUUAGAGGUGAGAAAUUUAGCAAUAGAAACGUGUAAAUUGGUGUUUCCCACCUUUAGACAUAUCGGACGAGUUUGACAACUAACCCUGUGACAGUGACAGUUUUUUUUGGCUUCGACUAUAUUCAUUCAGCCAGUCUCAAUCAAAAGUAAAUGUAUUAAAGAUAUUGCCAAUUAGUGAAACAUGGUUAUUAUAAUAAUAUUACAAUUUUUUACUUCUUAUUUUACCUACUCAUUACAGCUAAUAUACAUACUAUGUUAAUAAAUAUUAUAUUGUUUAUCAAGAAAUUUAUUAUACUUAAUGUUUAUCAAGAACACAGUGUAUACAUUUUACAAAUAAAAAUAUUAAUAUUUAAAAUAAAUGCAUUCUGUUUUGUAUUUUUUUUUUGUUUUGUUUUUGUCACUACGGUAAGAUGUUAACCCGGUUCAACCCCUCGGAGGUUUAAAUCCUCUUAGUGAUUUUUUUUCUUUAAAAUUUUUUUUAUUUUUUUUAACAUAUUUUACAAAUACCUGUAACUAAUUACAAUAAUAUUUUACUAUCCGACAAGAAAGAUACCAGACAGUCAAAAAUUUUCUUUUUAUUCAGUGACAGAAUAAAGAGAAUAUUUACAGGGACAUAUUUACAGUUGACAUACUCCUAUCCUCUGAUAAGUCUAAAGGUCGGAAACAAUCAAUAUAAAGUAAAUUUAUACGUUUCUAUCGCUAAAUUUCUUACCUCUACUAGUUUCAUCUCUUUUUAUCUCAUAACUUAAUAUGUUUUUCACCUUUUGCGUUAUUUUGCCGGUGAUUAGCAUGCUCAUCACUGGAGACCUAGACUAGAAAAGACAAAACUCGCGAAUCCAUCACCGUCAUUCGUCAUACUACUAUAUUUGUUUGAUAUAUUUCGUUAUAUAAGGAAAAGGGGCUUAAUUUCAUAGUUUUGUAAGUAGAAAAGAGAAUCAAUAUCAAAAAUAAUUCGUGAAUAACGCUAUAAUUGUACAAACAUCCAAUUGGCGUACUAUACCAACAUAAUUUUCUAUUUAAUGGUGAACGCUGAUAAAUUUUUUAUUCUCACGUUCUUAUUUCUACUCUAAUUACUAACAGAUAGCAAUUUAAGUGGUCUUAUAAUAUACAUUUGUAUAGAGAUGGAGUUGACAACAUUUAACCUCCUAUGACAGUUAAAUAGAGCAGAUAUAUAUUUUUCAAGUUCCCUCGUGUUUAGAGACACUAUUUAAUUUUCUGUUAGUAACAUUCAUAUCACAGUUUUUUCUAUUGGUUUAAGUAGAUUAGAAAAUUUACAGUAGAAUGUCAGUUUCAAAGAGUUUUCUUUACGGACUAACAAAAAAAAACACUCCCUAAUUUGAAUUGUUAAGUAAAUAUUGUUUGUUUUAUUGUAGUAUGUUAUAAAAAUUGUAUAUUGCAGGAAUUCAUAAAAUAAAUAUAACUUUUAGGUUUA